CAGCAUCGGAAUGUUCGAACAUCCGCGGAUCACAAAUGCUCGCACAAUCCCGCCGCCGCCCAAUUCUCUAGCAGAUAAGAGGAGGAAGGGGAUGGGGAGUUGGCCUCAUAUCACCCGGCUGCUUGCAAACGAGCGAGCCGGAUCUUAUCGUUGGUAGGCGCUUCCCAGGUCGCCCCGCUUAGGUUCGUCACCGAUGAAGAUGUUUGUCCAGCGAAAACAAUCCCCGCCCGCAGCUCGGCAAAGAGAUAUGUGAUAAGCUCUGUUAGUGUGUGUGGUCAGUCAGGGUAGGAUUCACCCUCCCCGAGCAAAAUGCUGGAGCUGGGAACGAUACCCACACACACACACAGACCCCUGGUUCCGGUGUCUUUACAACCAUUGUGCUGCUCCCGAUUGUGAGUUACGAGCCUGCAGGUUGAGAUAAGAUAAGUAGAUAAGAGGUAUAAGCCGCCUCUGCCGACGGAUCCAUCAACAUCAACAUCCAAGAGCGCACCAGGGGGGGCACGGGAGGGCGCGGGUGUGCUCACACACCAACACGACUAUGCCUGAGGUUUGUGCACAUCGUGUCGCCUGCCGAGACAAUGCAGCACAGAACCGUACGGGGUUGAGCAAGCAGCACGUUCCCCAAUUUUUCCGUCCUGUCCGUUGGGUGCGUUGGACUAGAGUUCCUCUUCCAUCAACACCGCUGAGGAGGGAGGAGGAGAAGAAGAGCUCUAAUCCCAGUUCUCCAGCUGAGUAUCUAGGCUGAGUAGUGUACCACCGGAGUCAAGUCACCGGAGGAUCUCCAAAGUCUUGAGGUGUGUGUGUGUAUACUCACAGUGCAGUCCGUGUAGUUCCGUUCUGGUGACGGAACGGAAUAGAUGCCCGUAGGCGACCGGAAACACAGACACGCAGCAGUUGACGCCGGGUGGCAAACAAUUAUGUAACAUCAGACAUCCGGGAGUAGAGCCUCGGGGACUCGUAACGGUCGGCGAACGACGCCAUCUUCCACAACAAUGGAAGCGUUCAUCAACGAGAUGGUGGAGCCGCGCGUCUUCGAUCUGAUCGUGCUGAUACUGCCCAAGUGGCGAUUGCUGCUGUACAUCUUUCUGAUGAAUAUAGUGCUCUUUACCCCGGUGUACGUGUUCGGCGCGCUGGUUAGCAAUGACCCACAGCUGAACCUCAUCUGUCCGCCCGUACUGCUGAUCGGCUGCAAUCUACUGCACCGUGCCCUGUUUCGCUUCAGCAACGAGCGCAACACCCGCCAGCUAGUGCUUGGGGUCGCCAUCCUCUGUCUCGGAAUCUCAGCGAGCGGGCUCGUUGCGCUGCUGUGUGCCACCCCGCACUAUCUACUGUUGGCCCUGCUGUACAGUGUCGUCGGAGGCUUCGGCUAUCAGCUGGUCUUUUCCCGCAUGUGGAAGGUGCUGGCCAAGAUCUUUAGCGCCCGCAAGGAGAUGUUCGUGAUCAAGUUUCUGCACUCGUGCGGGCAGGCCUCGAGCAUGCUGCUGCUUCUGCUCUGUGUGCAGCUGCCCUGGGAUGGGUACAUCUACGGUGCGCUGCUGCUACUGCUGGCCGGCAUAGUGCUGCACCUGCUGCCCCUGACAAUGCUUAUCGCGAGCGAGAAGGGUCGGCUGCGCAGCGACCUGGACGCGCUCGUCUGUCUCACGGAGAAGGGCAACGAGUCGUACUACGCGCACGUCGCGACCCGUGCCGUGCCGCUCGAGCCUAAGCAGGAGCCGUGCGCACCGGGCGGAGCACAGCCGAACGACCCGGAACCGGCCCGGAGCGUCACCAGCCUGACGUGGAAGAAUCCGGCCAACUUCAGCGCUCCACUGCGGGAGGAAGCGAAACGUGAACCAUCAGCGUUUCUGACGAACCCAACGCUUGACUACAGCGGUGAGUAUGGGGAGUGCGAGGAGUCGCUGCUGUACCGACGGGAAGGCAAGUGCUACAAUCAAGACGGCGUCGAGAUCCUGGAGAUGAUACUGGAGGAGGACGAACCGGUCGGCGAGCUGCCGGACACAGCUGCCGGAGCGCACGCACCGGGCGUAACCACGCACGAGACUGAUAGCGAUGCCGACACGCACUCCACUGCCGAUGCAACGGACGGGAAGUGGCGCUGGUUCGGCCAGCUGUGCGAUCUGCUGCGCGCACUCGAUCUUGGCUUCCGGCCUACCCUUAAUCUCCGGCUGGUGGCGUCCACCCGGAGCGCACUCGGCGAUCUGCGGUGCUGCAGCUGCGCCCUGCUCAAAGCGACCGACACCAGCAUACUGGUGCUGUUCCUCUGCAUCCUGCCCCGGCUGAGCGUGCACCACUACCAGCAGCAGGCCCGGGCCCGUCACAUGACCCUGCUGGCGGUGGUCGUGAUCUCAUCGGCGUGGGCCGGCGCCUCCCUGCUGCUGCUCUGCUGCGAGCUCCGGUUUCGCAAGCUGCACGGCCGGCUGCUCGUGUUCGGCCUGUUCUUCCAGUCGUUCGGGUACUUCUGCGUGUACACCACCAAGUCCAACUUCUGGAUCUUCGUCGGCUGCAUGCUGGUCGGUGUCGGGCACUCGAUCACCUGCGCGUACCAGGAGGCGGUCAUCAAGCGGCAGCUCGGUCAGCACCGGUGGGCCACGGCCAAGGCCGGCAUCGGGCUGCUCGCCGGGGUGACCAUCAUUCUGCUGGCCGCGUUCGCCAACCUCUACUACGUGUACGGGCCGGUCGAUCAGCUGCUGCUAGCGCUGCUGCUCAUCUACAGUGCUGCCGGCGCCCUCUGGAUUGCCUGCAGCUGUCGGAUAUUCUUCAUCUAGCUGAUGUCUGUCCGGUGUCUGACUCGGACAUGCGCAGCAUUAACGCAACCGAAAUAUACUACAAUCAACUCCUCCAAAUGUGUGUGUGUGUGUGUGUGUUUGUGUGUGUUAUGUGGCAUUCGAUUGAGAUGACUAGUUCGACUUCUAAAUCGAAUCAAAAAUGUAUGAGAGUCAUGAGAUAAAAUAAUGUUUUUUUUAACGGUUUUUACGGAUAUUGAAAAGAGUCAGAGUUAAAAAUCAAUGUUAUAUCCUAAUCUCAAAUAUUCUUGUACUUUGAGAGAUGUUAGACUCGCGUGCAUCGCAGGAAAUUGACAAGGAAAUGCAAUUGGUGGUAAUCUUUCAUUGAUCGCUGUGCCUUGAAGUAUAGCUACAUGUGUUUAUACUAGGAUCAGGAUUAGUUGGAUGUCGAAGGUAGGCGAAGGUAGGCUCUUAAUUCCAAGGAUUAAAAUGUAUAUACAAAGCUAAGUGGUCCGUGAGCCUAAC